AUGGAAGCGCUUCAAAUAGAUGAAAGCUCAGCAUCCGAUGUUGAUCAUUUGAAAAACAGGGACAUCCAAGCCCCAAGUCAUGCACCCUCACCACAGCAUGUGCUUGCAAGCACCGCAUCAGCGGUGGUAGUAACAGUCAAAUACCGCCUCGGAGCAGCAAAGCAGCAGAAGUCUCUUGAUUCAUCAACUCGAAGUCCACAAGGGCAAAAUGAAAGCCCAGACCAAGCCCUGGGCCCAACAAGCCCCCAACCAGAAACAUACAAAUACCCAACUCCAGUGCAUGACACCCUAACCGGCUUCGACUGGAUCAAAACCAACCUGAACCCCUCAAAAUUAGGAAUAUGCGGCACGCACAUCGGCGGAUCCCUAGCCCUAAUGUUAUCCUUAACAGAAGCCCAAUCAAUUAACGCAGUAGCAGCAACAAACCCAAUCUGCGACUGGCCAAGUCUGGACGAAUACUGCACAACAGAAAACACCAACACAGACACAGACCUGGACCCAGGAAGCAACGGUAAACUAGUAUCCCAAAAACCAAAACGACACUCCAGAAAGAAAACCGCACCUACAGAUCUCGUCCCCCUCCUCGAAGCCCGCUCGAAAUUCUUUACAACCCCAGAAAAAGCCUUCGACUCCUUCGCCUCACCAAUCCUCUUCCUCCGCUCCGCAGGCCGCGACGUACCACGUACAUUCCCGCGGUAUCUGACCGGACCGGAGUAUCCGGUCCCCGUGCUGCAGAAUACGCGGACUAUGACAGCUGCUGAGGCAUAUGAUGCUGCCGAGGGGUCACUUUGGGAUCGGGACGUUUAUCCUGAUGGGGAUGGGGAUGAGGUUAAUGAUUUGGUUGGGACGGUUACGCGGCGACGGAAGGCUCUUUCGCGGUGGCCGCCUUAUGGGCUUGAUUAUGGGGUUGAGGGGAAGAGGUGGUCUGGGCCCCAUGACGGGAUUGGGAGGUUGGAGGUUACUCUGCCUUUUGUUAGGGUUUUUACUGGGGAGGGAGUGGAUUUUGGAGGCGAGGGUGGUGUGUCUGAGGGUGUGUCGGAGAGUUCAGUAGUUCGACGUGGUGGGAAGGGGAAGGAGGGAAGUUUUGGGAAUACGGUUCGUGCUAGGCAGGCUGAAGAGAUGGUUUCUGUUAUGCGGAGGGCUUGUUUUUGGGGCAGGGAGAAGGGGUUUGGGGAGCGGAGGGUUGUUUUGUCUCGGGCUUUGAGUGGGGUUGAUCAGUCGCGGGAGGUUGGGGAGUGGUUUAGGGAUGUGUUUGACGGGACUAUGGAUGAGGUUGAUUAG